CUCCAUAAAUACCUACGCCUCUUCGGUUUGCUUACUUUCCGUCCUACAUUCUAAACGCACAUCUCCAUCUCCUUCCCUUUUUUUCUCCAUCUCAUCCAUCAAAAGCUCAACAUAUGCUUCCAAACAGAAAUGUUUCGAACGACUUUCCGGAAGCGCCGCCGUCCGGGUGGGCACCGUUCCAUGGCGCCACUGACUUCGGAAAAAAUAUGGCCAUCGUUUUCGCUGCUCUUGUCCUUGCCCUUGCACUCGGUUUCAUUGCCGGUGCUCUUAUUCGCCGCAACCGGCGGCGGAAUCGCGCCGUUGCGUUGGAGAAGCCGAGCGCUGCUGAGUUGGUGGCGCCGUCUCUAGAGGCUAUUCCGGCUCUAGUGUUUUCCUCCGGACAGGGUGGGACUGUUGCGAGGCUGGCUGAUUGCGCCAUCUGCCUCCAGGAGUUUGCCGACGGGGAUGUCGUUCGAAUGCUUCCUAACUGUGGGCAUGGAUUCCAUGUGGGAUGCAUAGAUUUGUGGAUCUCUUCCCAGCAAUCGUGCCCUACUUGCCGGAAAAGUAGCUUGCUGCUGCAGUUUUCGAUGACGGAAGGGGUUUAGGGCUUUGA